AUGACAUCGCAGUUCCGAACUGAAGCUCCGAGAGCCAUGGGCAAUCAGACUACCUCCGCUCCACAGAAUCUCGAAGCUGCGCGCAAUCCCGCCAUGGGACCUCGGCAGGAACAUGCUGUGCUGGAUGCGGUUCCAGCGGAGGGCCGCACUCAGGUCAAUCAGCCAGAAGAUCCGAGAAGUGGUCUUCCUGAAGUGACGAUCGCGGUGGUCGGCGAGGAAAAUGCGGGCAAGACCAGCUUCGUCAAGUGUGCACUGGACCUGAAGAACCCCCGCACGCGCAAGGUCGAUUUGACCCAGGUUCAGUUCGACCAGGACAAGAGGAUCGUCUGGCCCACAGGCAACGACGCUGCUGCGCCCGUCAUUGAUGGAGUGCUUGUCCUGCACGACGCCACCAAGCCAGAUAGGCUUUCGUUGACCACCAACCUCAUCUAUUCCUUGGCUGCCUCGAGUCUGCCUUUCUUGCAGGUAGCCUGCAAAUGCGAUGUGAAUCCGGAACCCGUGGAAGACAUCGAAGUGGAUGCGAUCCACGAUCAAUACGAGAUCUACCGAACCUCCUUCUCUUCGCCACGAUCACAACGGAUAUGCAUUGCCUUGGUGCUUCGUGGAGUAAUCUCGACUCAGGAAGAUCUCACGUCCGAGUUGGAUCUUGACAUCUCGAGUCCCGAUCCCUCCGCCACUUCACCGAGGACAACCACCAAAUCCUUCCCACUCCCACCCACUCCCACCCCUCACGAUUGGCAACAUACCCGUGCCAACUCCGAAACCCCCUCAACCGUGUUCGCCGGAGCCGCUGGCGGCCCACAAACGACGGUCUCGGAUCAAUGUGUCGAUAGGGACGAGAAUCGCCACUCAGCCGACCAGCCAAGCCCCAACCCGGCUGUACAGCACCCCUCAACUUCCCACCGUUAUGCCCGAAGUAACUCGCAACCGGUGCGACCGCAAACUCCACCAUCCGGAGCUCGUCUAAACCCGCGCAGACCAUCAGCACAAGAACAAUAUUCCCCAAUUCACGACAGCCGUCAGCAAAGAUUACAUAGCGCCUGGCGACACAGUGGAGGGUCAGACGCCUUCAACAGCUUCCUCAGCAUGGACGACGAUCUGGAAGAUGGGCAAAGCCGGCCAUCAAGCCCUGGCGCAAUCCUGCGGCCGAAGCCCAGCAGUGAAAGUAAUUCCAGCUCAGAGACUGGGUUUUCAUUCGAUGAACUAGUCGACCGUUUGACCGCCCUGCCUAUGUCGAAGCAGGACCAGAAAUUCGCCUCCAUCUUCCUCUGUCUAUAUCGCAAAUUUGCCGCUCCCGGUACUUUGCUGAGUGCCCUCAUAAGCCGAUUCGAGCGAAACGAGGCAAGCAAUGCCGACCAGCUCGCUCGCAUGGCGGACCAGCUACGACUACUUGAUAUCAUGGCUCAGUGGGCUUCUGAUUACCCCGGGGACUUUGCCCACACCAACAUUCGAAAACGCAUAAUUGAGUUCGUCAGCACGCUUGAAAAGAGUCAUUUCUACAUGUUCGCCGCCAAGGAGAUCGGGUCACAACUAGACACCAAUGCACAGGACGACGACAUUGGUUGGGCGUUUGGUGGAGACAGCGAUAUUGAUGAGUCUCAGCUGGUUGAGACGUUCUUCGACACUUCGGGGCGGAGCUCCCCUGCACAUAUCUUCGCAGGCGCUGCCACACCAGCCGCAUACGAGGAUGAGGAGGAGCAGGAUCCCAUCUACAGCAUGAGUGCGCUGGAUCUCAGUGAGGGGCCCCAUGAAUCCACAUCACGACUAUCAGGCACACUUUCGGUUUCUUCCAACGCCGCCGACAAACCUAACAGCACCAUCAACCAAUCAUUCACAUUACUGAGUCUCGACGCAGCCCAGAAAGAAGCUCUGCGGCUAGAUCUGACACUCAAAACUGCCGUUGGCAAGAUCCAAUGGCGGUUCUUCAUGGAGACGCCAGAAGAGGAGUUUGCAAGGGAACUGACGCGGAUCGACUGGGUUAUGUACAACUCGUUCCGGCCGCGUGAUCUUGUCCGUCACGUCAGCCUAUCGGGCAUUGACAAGGAUAAGGUCAAGAGCUUGACAAAUGUCAACCGAAUGAUCAAGCAGUUCAACCAUCUCGCCUUCUUUGUCGCCAGCAUGAUCCUCUUGCGCGAUAAACCCAAGCAUCGAGCGAAGGCAUUAGAGAAGUUCAUGAACAUCGCAGUGAAACUCCGCCGCCAAAACAACUACAACUCCCUGGGUGCCGUCAUCGCCGCUAUCAACGGUACCCCCGUCCUCCGCCUCACCCAAACCCGAGACCUAGUCCCCGUCCCCACUCAGAAAGAAUUCAUGCGUCUUGUCAUCCUCAUGAGCACACAAAGGAGUCACUUCGCCUACCGCCUCGCCUGGGAUAACUCAUUCUCCGAGCGAAUCCCAUUCCUCCCCCUCCACCGCCGCGACCUUGUCUCCGCCGAAGAAGGCAACAAGACAUUCGUCGGCGAAAGCAAAUCCCGCAUCAACUGGAAGAAAUUCGAAGUCAUGGGUGAAGUAGUUCUCGGUAUCCAACGAAGCCAAAAGAGCCCUCACCCCCAAGCUCAGAAGUUCGACGAUAUCGAGAGACUCAUCAUAGAAUCAAAGCUCUCUGGAAACGAAGAGGACUUGUAUGCACGCAGCUUACAUGUCGAACCGUCCACAGGAGCAGAAGGACGAAGGAAAUUCGGCUGGUUGCGUUCUUAA